UUUGAUCGUCUGACUCUUCUCUAAAAAUACUUCAUGCAAUGGUGAAAUAACGACAAAAAUACAGCCAUGCCGGCUGCAAGUCAAGGGAACGGCCAAUGGCUGUCAGUAACCGAAGAAACAAUUCUUUUGCACGAUGGACUGCUUCGUGUGACAGAUUUGGUCGAGCUCCCACAAACCGUCAAAGACGGAGAGGUCAACGAAACUGACGUUGGCUCAAUUUGUUUUGAUUCAAAAGACCCAACAGAACUGAGUAAUAGAUUGCUGUCAAUUUGCGAAUCACAAAAUAAUGCAUAUAAUAAACUGCUAGAGUAUAGACUGAAUGCUCUGCGUGGUCUUUGGUCUGCACAACGUCGCUUAGCUCAAGAAGAAAAUGAUGCCAAGAGUCCAACAGCCCAAGAAGAUACGAUUGCAUUACUGAAAAAACAAGGGUUAUUAAAAGAGCAAGAACAAGCUCCAUUUUCGACACGUAUUGGACUUGUGUUGUUACUUCCAUUACUGCAGUCGCAAAGUAGAAUUGAUCAUGCUCUUAGUGGAGUGACUGCAAAAGUUUUGCUCAAUGCUUUGCGCGAUUGUGAACCAUUAAGUUUAUCAAGAGAACCAGAUGAAUGUCUUCAAGGACUUGAAACUCUCUUAUGUGAUUGGAUUGAAGCUAAAGAAGAUAGUCAGUCAAAACAAGCAAGAAAUAAAGCAAAUCGUGAAACAGCUGCAUCGGCUUUAGUUGCUCUUGCUUGUGCCAGAGGUCAUUUGGAAACAUUCAUCCAUACAAUCCACUUACUUCAACGUCUCUCAGAUGUUCCGCAACUGCCAGUAGCUGACCUGGUUGGACGUUUGUUAGAAACCGAGGGAGGAUCAAGUCAACCAUCAGCUGUCGUUGGUCCCCGGCAUAUUGUCAGCUGGGGCUUUGAAGAUCUAAUAACAGCCAGCUCAGAUAAUUCCACCGCAGAAGUUAUAUCUGAUAAAGAGUCCAACAAAGACUGUGAUAAAGGUAGAAGCAUAGCCUGUGAUGGGAGAUACCUGUACACUACAAAUUCCACUGGUCGAGGUUUGGCAAGACUAGGAACAGGUCUGCAUGGAACACUUCGAGGCUAUGUGUACUGCUUAAACUGUGAUUUGCCCCAGGGUCGGGUUGUGUGGUGUGAUGGAGUGCUGUUCUUCCGACCUCAGUCAUUUGAUCAAGACCCUCAUACAGCUAACUUCGCACAAAUCUUGAACCCUUCUUCACUUAAGCCACUAAAGACCGUGAAGAAACCAGAGGCUGGAGGUGGUAACGAGACCAGGACAACUGUAGCGUUUUGCAGCGAUGGUUUGUUCCUGUACUGGGUGUGGUGUCCUGGCAUCAUCACAGAAAAACAGAGCAAGGAGAAGGGAAUGAAUGUGUUUCUCGAAACAUUCAAAUAUGACAAAACUAGCAUGACAGUUAGUGAGCUGAGGCCGAAGAUGCUGCUUCAGAAGAAGGACGACGCGAGCGCGAAGAACAUGAACGAGACGUUGUUGUCUCGCAUCCGUCCGUUCCGGGGUGCAUCAGUGGCUGCCACAUUGGUCGCUCUUACAGGAGGCGAAGCUACAUCAUCCAAGAAAGAUGAUGGGUCUGGCACAGCAGGAAGCACUUCGUGUGGAGUUCAGAUAAAGAACCUGAUACACACACCUGCGUUCUGUGAUGGAACCACGCUUGUCCUGCUCUGUCCUCUUCUUAGUGGACCCAGCUCCAGUGCAGCAAGGUCGCUGUUCGGCAGUGGAAACAGUCUGUCAGGUCUCAGAUCUUUGGGCAGUAAUCUGUGUUUUAAUGUCAAAGAUGGCCAGUUUGUUGCUAGAAUUGAUCUUGUGGAUGCACCAUCAUGUUCCCUGGCUAGUGGGGCUUCUCUCAGCAAAAUUGGGUUGUGCUAUGAUGGCAUGAACAACCAGAUCUGGAUGUGUAGCAGUGAUUACAUCGACCAGUUCUCCAAUCCAGGCCACCUGUCUUCACAGAACAUCAAACAGUACCUAGGCUCUCCACUAGUUCAUCGGACUCUGUCGUCAUCCUCGGAUCCAAGCAAUGCUCUGGCACUGAACGACAUUGCCCAUCAGCUCCUGUACCACGUGAGCAGCACCUGUCUCCAGCAGCUGAAAAGCGACAUCCUGUCGUCCUCGCUUGCGGUCUACUUACUGCAGCAACACUCCAACGAACAGGUCCACCUGAAACGAGUCACCGACAUUCUUGACACGGCAAUCAGUAACCAUGACAACCACAUCAUCAUCUGCUGUCUGUUCGUGGUUCAGCUGCUUUUCAAAGUCUCAACCAUAAAAACACCCCAAGAGUAUGAUGAGAAAUUGUUGGAAAGAACACGAUUACUGUUGUGGCGUUUGCUGACCGAGUACACCACUGAGAGUGUAGCCAAGCAGUCGGACAGCACGUUAGACGUUAUCCGCCAGGAGGCCGCCCACGCCGUGUCUAUCGGCCUGAUGACGCUGUAUGCCGACGGCAGUGAGAGACACAAACUGAUGCACCACCUGCUCACUAGCAACCAAAACCCUACACUGAGCAACCUGAGGGAUUUCAUUCUGACCGACUUUGCCGACCAACUCAAGCUAAAAAUCACUGUGUCCUCUGAUACUGAAUACCUCAGAUUAAAUGAUGAUCUGGUGCAUUUGAUUAUCAAGCUGGCAGUGAAGGAAUCAUGUGUUGUGCUGCAGAAAGCAAGUUCAGUGAAAAGUGCUGCCUUUGAUGAACUUCUGUAUGAUGUUCCUUAUGCCUCACCAUGUGUGAGAUACUUGGCGGCACUGCAGUGUUUUCUGUUACGGGAGGUUGUACUCUUUGCCAAGACGGAGAAUGGACAAGACAAUGCAGACUCUGAGCACAUAAAGGUUUUACAAGAUUCUGUUGCAAGGCUUUCUGUGAAAAUCAUCAGUGGAACUUGUGAGGUUAUGGAAACAUUUUUGAACACAUGUCGAACAUUUGUGUCCGAGUUUGGAGACGAGUUUGAAGUGCGAUUCUCUGGCCUAGAGCGGCUAGCAAAAGGAACAGUUCUAGGCCACCUCCUGCCAACCCUUGUGACAGCCAUGACCCAUCCCAUGCUGCAGGUGUUGGUUCUAGCAACAAAACUUAUCCCACUGCUCAACAGAUUGGUCAUACUGUCAAGCCAGGCAGCUGGAAUUAUUAAGAGCCAGCUGGAAUCUGUGAUGGAUAAAGAGAUUGAUAUCGGAUCUGAAACUGACAUGAUUGGGCUGAUCGGAGAGAAUAUGUGUCAAACAAGGUCAGCGAGUAGCGAUGAUAUUCACUUGGAUCUGCUGAAAGGCCUGAGGAUCCCAGCUCCGUGGGCCUCUGGUAAGACUGUGGAGACGAUCCACCCAGUGCGGGACAACUACAAGUUCAAGGAGACCGUGCACAUUCCCGGAGCUCGGUGUCUUUACCUGAGAUUUGACCCCAAUUCCUCCUCUCAGUAUGACUAUGACAAGUUAAUUGUGUAUGCUGGGCCAAACACUAGCUCCAAAAAGGUUGCUGAGUAUGGUGGAAACACGUACGGUUUUGGCAGUCGCUGCGUUCUAGGAUCAGGAUGGCCAAGAGACUUAGUAAAGGUGGAAGGAGACACAGUGACAUUUUCGUUUGAAAUGAGGAGUGGUCGGGAGCACAACACACCGGACAAAGCCAUGUGGGGAUUCCUCGUUACUGUUCGAGCUCAGGAAUCACCAGAAGACGUGUGCGGUGGUCUGCCGUUUCUUGUUGAUCUGACUCUAGCACUGUCGUCCUUGUUACGGUCCAUGCUUGCAGUACAGUAUGAGGGACCCAUUGAAACCAACGAGGAAAUUGCCUGUAAACGGCUCCUGAAAUCAAAACUCCUCCAGAGAUGUGUUUGGAAAUCUGAGUCGGACAUUCUGCUCUUUCCCAGCACUGAUACAAACGGGAAAUCAAAGUUUGAGAGCAAGGUGGCUCUUGCCCGGAUCAAGCUGCCCAAUGAGAUUGUGGCCAAGCUGAGAGCAUCGUCAAAACGACAGCCUCCCAGACUGAGGCAGAGCAUCAAAGAGGUCCUGGAGCUAGCCAGUUUAGAGGAGCGGCUGCUGUCGGUGGUAAUCAAACACCUGUCUCUGUCGGACACCGUGUCACAUCUCGGCAAGCCCACCACCCCGGGCCGGGAGGAAGAGACGGCCCUACUCAACUUGGUUGUCGACGAAGUGUUUCGCAGGCUCGAUGCCCUAGUGAGACAGCUGCAGAGUUUGGCAGACCUGGAGCAGCGAUGGCACAAUGAAAUCAUAGAACGGCCUCAAGAAUCUGACUUCAAUAUGUUGCCAUUCUUCCAUGAUUUUCAUUUGAAUGAGAUGAAGCAGAAGGAGUUGACAAUGUUGUGCUAUUUGAAAGAUGUUCCCCUGGAUCCGAAUGAUACUGAGACUGCAGUGAAAGCUCUGAUGGCUAAGUUGGACACCGAAAUCUGCUCUGAAAAGUCUGACCAGCCAGCCAUGGAGAAGACCAAGCAAGUGGUUGAUGGGAUACUUGGCCAUCUUGAUCUGUUGCUCAAAGUGAACAUAGCACCAGUGGACCCGUCAGUCUCCAGCUCAAUGUGCCGAUCAGUGUCACACUAUGGAACAUGCUCACAGCAAGUACCCAAUGUGAUGAUUCGUUCUGACACUGAUGUGUUGCGUUCACCAUCGACGCUCGGCAGAAGUCUGUCGGCACCUUCAGGAGUGGAUGAUGAUUCUGUUGUAGAGGUCCUCAAGCUUCAGAGACAAAGACAAGCAAGGAAAAGAGGACCGACGUCCAUCUUUCAAGACCUGGUUGAAGACAACUCUGAGAACAGACCCACCCAUGUUGUACUGAUAGAUCAGCUGUUUGCCUUCAUAGGCAGUGAUCCGGAAAAAGCUGUAAGCUCAUAAUCGUAGUUUGGUAUAAGAUUUUAUGUGCUUGUAUCAACACAAGUUAAGGCACUAAUUAUAUUUAGACACAUAUUCUCCUGUACUAUGCCAGAGUGCAAGAUCGGGGGAGAUACCCACAUUGUGGCUGCUUGAGGUGCCCUGCUGGAAUGAGGCCCCUGUGUGCGCUGAACUGAGCAGCUGACUUGUGGUGGAAUGGUUGAUCAGGUGCGGGAAGCGUUCAUGGACACGAUGACGAGUGUGGUAGAAUUGGCCGCACAGAGCAGAGUGGCUUGCUGCAACAGUAUCACCUUGCUCUGUACCGUGCCAUACACCAGGGCUGAAGAGAGGUGCUUAGUGUGGUCGGGUCUAGUUAACCUGUUGGACAAUCUGUGCGGUGCGGUCAGUCAGCGAAGUGACAACCACACCCGGGAGAGUCAGACGAUAGCCCAGCGAGUCGCCACCAUGGCAUGGGCGGGCUUCCAGGUCCUCGCCAGUCGAUGUGUCACCUGGGAGGCAGAGGAUGGGACAGAUUUUGAUGAACUUGAACAUUCUGGACUGGCACGCCAGGUUUCUACUCUUCUCACUCACUAUCUAACGAGGGCCACAGAGGGAGCCACCAAUGAAGCUGCCAGUACAGAAGCACUGCAAGAUGUUCUGGGACUUUUGAAUAACUUAUCCAGGAGUCGUAUGGGGAAAGCUAUUCUCAGUCAACCUGCCUGUGUGUCCAAGCUGCUCUCUUUGUUACUGGAUCAGAGACCAUCACCGAAGUUGGUGCUGGUGAUCCUACAGCUGUGUCGAGUUGCUCUCCCACUUUUGACUUGUCUGGAUUGCGAGGACAUCGAGCUGCCGGCGUGGGGACAUGACGUGUACACUUCGUACUGGAGCACAGCAGAACCGGUGGCUGACACACCAGCCAGAAUAGUCAGUCUCCUGCUCGCCAAGCUGGGCGAUUUCCUUGUGCCAGGUGAUAGAGUAAUGUUGUCUAGCCGCAGUCCAUCAGAAGAUAUUUCUGCAAAAUCGUCACACAUCAUCCGGGAGAAAGACAAAACUGAUGACAACGACACCCAGGGUGGUAGGAUGUCCGUCUUUAUCCACAAGCGAGUUGAUCAAGUAUCCAACGAAGCUCUUCAGCCACUCUUAAGUGCUGAAAACAGAAUGUUCCGUCUUGGGACUGGGUCUACUGUAGACCGAGUAAUGCGAAUGGACAAGGAAAUCGCCAAGAGUGGGAAAGCUGAGGUGACGACCGAGGAUGCGAUGACUGCUCUCCGUAAAGCCUACAAGUGGGCUCAGAGUGGUUUGGUCGUGUCCACCGCUCCACCCAGUGAGCUCAGCCCCGUGGAUGGGUCGGUGGACAAGAAGAAGACUGCCACUGAAACUGUGUGCAAGGAAAGAAAUUCAGCUCUUGCCAGGACCGAUCCAGUACGGCCGUUUAUCAGUGGUCAUGUGGCCAACACCAUGGCCGCAGAGAUCAUUGAGCUACUGCACAGCUUGCUUAAAGCUCCACUGUCGUCUACUGCUAAGACCUGGACAGAUGCAACACAGAGGGUUCUAAACAAUAUGCUGUGUGGAUUGCCGUUUUUGCUGGCUUCCAUCGACAACCUUGGAUCUCCAUCCACUCAAGGCUCCCGUCAACUCAUGUCUGUGGCCAAACUGGCCAAUGCUGCUUUGUGUGCCAUGGGAGGCUUCCGAGAAACAAUCAAACCUGGCUGCCACGUUAUGGUUCUUGGUGAAGGAAUCCACAACACAACUGGUACUAUUCUCAGUGUUGUGGAACACACUGAAAUGGCCUCGGUGCAGCUGGAUCCCGACAAAGGCGAUACGCACGCACCGCGGUACAGCGACACCAUACAGGUUCCAGUGUGCCGGCUCAGACCAGUCAGGAACGAGAUAUUUUUGUUGCCGCAGCCAGAAAUGUGGGAUGCCCUUAUCACAGCUGUGGAAGCCAUUUUGCUGCCUCAAGAUCAGAGCUUAGGCCCACUUCCUUUCCUAUCUCUACCUGCCAGUGGAGAUGGCAACAGUCUGUCUAACAUGACCUGCAGGGUGAUAGCGGAAAUCCAGACACGCACCUGUCUGGCACUGUCACUGUAUCUGGAGGAUGUCGAUUUUGCAACAGAGUUCAUCCAGCGAUGUGAAUCGGCCAUUGAUAUCUUAAAGUCUCUUUCAAAAGAUUGCAGUGCAGGGGAUCGUCUGUUUGUUGUGGAAGCUCAGUGUCGCCGUCUGAGGAUGUUGUAUCGUGAUUGUGUGAAACCACCACCGCCUCCCACAGAAGAUGACAGCAGACCUAAUCCAGAGAUGGUCUGGGACCCGAGUAGAGCGUUUCCUCCUGUGCGAGCCUGCCUCAUGUCUCAAGGAUUAACCACAGUGACAUUCCUCGGAGACGCCAGUGCUGGGUCGGCACUGCCAAGAGGGGUCAUAAUCUAUGCCAACCAGCCCAUUCCACAACAGGCACCAUCAUUCUACUGGGAGCUGGAGAUCUGUUCAUAUGGUGAAUCUCAAGAGGAAAGUAAUUCCUUGGUGUCGUUUGGGUUUGCACCAGCUGCUGAAAAGAAGGAAGGUGCAUGGACUAAUCCAGUUGGAACUUGCCUGUUUCUGAAUACCGGGAAGGCUGUCCAUUACAAUGGGGCAAGUUUACUGCAGUGGCGGAGUGUGCGCCUGGACGUUGUUAUAAAUGCUGGAGACGUUGCAGGCAUUGGCUGGGAGAAGACGACAGAUGCCAGCACGGGUCAGACUCCCAAAGGUCAGGUGUACUUCACCCUGGGCGGCCGACGCCUCAGCCCAACACUGUCCGAUGUGGCCGGUGGCAUGUACCCAAUUGUCCACAUUCAGAAAAAGAACUGCCGAGUGAGAGCCAACUUUGGAAGCCGCUCGUUCCUGUUCGCAGAGGGCCAACAACACCGUGAUGCAGCAGAAGCGGCUAACGACUUGACGCGAGAAAUCCGGGAGUCAUUUGGACACCUUCCAUUCCACUCAGCGUCGGACAUCGACAACGAGGAACCCUCCAGUGAGGGCAGGAGGGAUUCUAACAGCAAGGAGCCCAGAACUCCCCAGGGCCCGUCAGUCCGUACACCAACUGAUCCAGAACCACUGAAAGAGUAUGUCAUUGAGAACUGCCUGCAGUACAAGCUGCUGCCGAGCUACGACAAGAUGACGACGAUGGGCAUGGCAAGCCCGCCGGUGGUGACCAGCCUGGAUGACGAGUCCGAAGUGGAGGUGGAUGAGGACAGUACCACCGAGGAUCACUACGCACUGCUGGUGCGGGCGUGGGAGCAGCGCGUCUUCCCCAUCAUCAGGCGCAGGUUCCGCAAUGAGGCCGAGAGGAAGGACGGGCUCGAGCAAAUUAGAGGAGCUCUGCAGCUUGGAAUGACUGAAAUUGCCAGACAGACUGUUGAGUUUCUCUAUGAAGAAAACGGAGGCUUGCCCCGUGACCUGCACCUGCCCACAAUAGACGACAUCAAGGAAGAUUUGGCCAAGUUUACCAUUGAGAGGGUUAAGAAGGGCACAACGGUCAACAUCAGUGAGCUGACCACCUCGGGAACCUUGCCUCCGUUUGCUGUCAGUGCCAUGUUGAAAACAUUCAGCUUAACUGGAACUGUGCUCGACAUUGAUACUCAAAAUGAACUAGUUCAAAUUGAGACCUACUUGAGAAGUGAGGGUGUAAUGGUGAGGUACUGGUUCCCUAUUGAGGUGCUGGAGAAACCCCCGAAAGGGCUUCGGAAGUCCUCCAUCACUGGGGGACAGAUACUCGACACAUCAAAUGUUUAUAUUCACAGAGAACUGUUGAAAUGCGAGUCCACCCUAGUGAGAAUGUAUCUGCGUACAGCUCUGUUACAGCUGAUAGAUCACUGUAACUCCCCUACACUGGGCUUCACAACCUGCACGCCGGGAUUGGGAACCAGCAUGGCUGCCAGCACGGCCCUCUUACAGGAACUGGAUAUUGAAAACCUUCAGCUCCUGUCCGAUCAUUUGUUGGCUCCUCCAAUGCCCACUGGAGCUGUUGAAAACACAUCACUGACAAAUGCUGUGUCCUUGAGGCAGUGCUUGGCUCUCAAUUCGUGUUCCAUGACAGAACUAGUCUACAAGAAUGGAGAUCGCUUAAACCGGGAACUCGCCAUAGCUAUAGCCAGGGCAGCCAAUCAGGGUGAAGACUAUGUCAUUGAGCUAACCAAUCAAAUCUGUCUCUGUUUGCAGACUGCUCCUGAAAUGUUUCUCUGUGAAGAGUUUCCAGUCACAGAAAUUAAAGUGAGCACAGACGUUCACUUCCCUGGUGCUGGUUGUCUCAUUGUUAGCUGCAAAACAGACAAACUCAAAUCAAAAAAGGAAAAUGUCCCAUAUAAAUCACCUUGGGCAAGAGUUUACACAUACAGUGGGAAGAAAGUAAAUAAGUACGGCCAGCCUACAAGACAAGAAGUGGUUUGCUACCCGCGAGACACAAGUUCUCCAUCGUGCCAAAACGAACAGUUUUCACCAGUUAUUAUUCCCGGAGACAGAGUGCAUGUUCGCUGGGGGGUGUCACCUCCCCCUGGCAUUGUCCUCGGCAUCCAUUCCUUGCCCAAACAGUUCCUUAUGGCAGUAGCUUACAUGGAGACACUUGUUACAGAAAGGUUUGGCUGUGGCAUGAAGAGUUGUAAAAAGAGUGAGAAAUGUGAAUCUCAAGAAACGUCUCUGCCUGCCUCUGUGUUGAUGCACCCGAGUUUGUACAGUUUGGACAAUAUCGUCAUCACUCCAGCGGUUCUUGUUCACAUGAUCGAGAUGAUUUGUACAUAUCUGAGAAGGACGGACAUUCCAGCACUGAUCAAGGAGAACAUCUUUCACAUACUAGCUCAGUCUCUACGGAUUCUCCACGUGUUAGAAGGCGGCAAUGGAAGCUCUCUCUCAAAACCGGGUCCACGAUACAGUGCGAUGCAUUCGUUUUUCCGCCAGCUGCAGUCCGAGUUGAAAAUGCUGCACAGUGAGGAGGUGGGGAAAUUCUCGCCGUCGGGCUCGUGUUCCGAUGCCAUGAAUGACCAGGGGUUGUUUUCGACGUACUUUCACUCGCUGUUGGAGGUAAACCUGGCCAUAGUGGAAGCUGUCCAGGUCCUGGGGCCGAGCCCUCUGUUACCCAGCGUCCCUUACACCCGUCUGGUGGAGGAAGGAGCAACCGCAUCAAAGUCUUCAUCCACCUCCAAGAAGAAAAAGCAAAAAUCCCGCAAGCAUUCUGGGACGCCGUCUCGUCAGAGCAGUGCAGCGUCCUUGAUCGAUGUGGACAGCGUGCACUCCUCAGAAGAAGCUCUGUCCCUGGUGACAGCAUCCACCUCAUUGUCGUCGAUGGCAUCAAACACGAGCAAUGUGACGAGCUGCAGCUCCAUGAACAUGGUCAGCUGUGAGGACCUGCAUCUGGAGGAUAUGUGGUUCUACCGAGCGGCCAAUAUCUCGGGGAUCCUGCGCGGUCUGGGCUUCGGGGAGCCACACACCAGGAAAGUGGUGUCAGAGGCAGUGACGGAUGCUGCCCUGUCCAUCAUGGGGUCCACCGCUCACACCAGACUGCUGGUUCUCAUAGGAAUUCCACAGGACAUGGAGGUAGCAGCCGUCAAAGAUGCUAUAAAGAGAGCGUGUGAUGUCAAUGGUGGCAUUGAACAAGAUGAAAUUUUCGUGCCUCUCGCCCGUAAAAAAAGUGUUACGUCGCUGUCAUCUGAAAGUGGAAUGAGUUUAUCGAAGGAAAAAGCCUCUGACAGUGAAAAGGACAGCAAAAAACCCACCAAAGUGACAGGCCCCGUCUCAAAAACCAGAGGCUGGGCCGUCAUCAACCUUCCCACAAAAGCCAACACCGAAUGUGUUCAGAAGUCUCUGUACAAGUCCAAACCUCUGAUCGAAAGUUUAAACUAUGAUCCCGAAGGAUUUGUGGACAUCCCGGACGAAGUGUUUUCCGUUUCUGUCGUCAACCAGAUGCUGCUAUCGGAACCUCCAGCGAAUGGUGCCAUGGAGAUGUAUCUCCAGGACAAACUCUUCCAGAACCAGGCCGAGAGAGAACUGACGGAUACCGCCAUCCAGAUCAUCACGGAGAUAUUUCACAGUUGCUUCUUCGUCAACCAGCAGCAGGGGUCGCCAGGUUCCUGGCAGGAGUCGGGCUUCAUCUGCCUCGAGAAGGAGCACAUCCUGAACUCCAGUCCAGACAACAUGUUGUGUAUAUUUCUCAAUCAGCUCAGACCCACCAAGAAGCCACUGGCAGACUACGUGAACCCACUCCUCAGGCAGUAUGGGAUAGCGCUGACGCAGCAGGAUAAAGACAAAGAUACUCCUCUAACUGCUAAACCAAGCAAAAGUAAACUAACAAAGAAGUCACCGAGAUCAUCGAAAGAAAAAGCUGUUAUGGGACAUGGAGACAGGGGUGCUUCUGGUAAAGAGAAACUCAAAAGCAAAGAUAUUUCAGAAAAACCUUCCAAAAAUAACAUUGCAUCUGACAAUGUCUCAAAGGAAACAAAGGAAUGCAAAGUAAAGCUUGAAGUGAAGAAAGAAGUGAAAGGCUUGACGCUGGAUGGGUUUUUUCAGUUCGUCAUGGACACUGCUAAACAUGAUGUCCGUGCGGUGUGGAGAGGAAUCACUAGUUGUGGAUAUGAUUUUAGUUUUAAAAGAUGUUGGUGUAUUGAUGACGACCAGGCUCAUGCCAUGGCCAAACUGUGGACUCCUGAGAUGGACAAAGCUCUGGUUUUGUGUGUGAAUGAGUUCAGCAGAAAGCUUGUGGUCGCCACGUCCAGAAUACAUCCACACGAGAUAGCUUUUACAGAGGCUCAGCUAGUGUCUGAACAAUAUUCCUGUCUGCAAGACACGCCCCCCGAGAGUAUCCGUCUGAGGUUCGCUCUCCUUCAGUCUCUGAAUGUCAACCUGGAGACGUUCUUCUUGCCACUCAUUGACCUCCGACCUGCGAACACGUACAGUCGAUCCACAGCAGCCCUACUCGCCAAGGUGCGCUGGCUGGUUUUCUAUGACAGCAAGGUCUCCUUUGUCAACCGCAUUCUCAACAGCACGGCCAAGCGGAAACCAGACCAGGCUGCACCGGAGAUUACACUAGAUCCCCUGGAAAAUAUUGGAGCUGAACGGAAGGGCUCCAUCAUGAGUGUAUUCUGUCAGGCGUUCAGACAGCUGCAGUCUGUGCCCUCCCAUCAGCUGUGUGUGGGUCUAGCCAGCGGAGGAGACCCAACCUACUCGUUCAACGUUCGCCUUACUGGGGAAGAGGUGCACGGUACAAGUGGCUCGUUCCGUCAGUUUCUGUGGCAGGUGGCGCGAGAACUGCAGGGUCCCACCCUAGGGACGUUCAUCCUUUGUCCGAGCUCCUCCAACGGGAUUAACAAAGGCCGACAUCUCCUGCGGCCUGGUCACAUGACCUUUUCAGAAGAGAGACUGCUUGAAUUCCUCGGACAGGUGUUUGGUGUGACGAUGCGGGCCGACAUACCAUUGGGAAUAGAUCUCCUGUCAUCAUUCUGGAAGUGUCUCAUUGGCUGUCCACUCGAUCCAAAUCUUGACCUCAUGCAGGCUGAUAUUCUUACUUACAACUACAUCAAAAAGAUUGAAAAUAUUGAGACAGAAGGUGAACUGAUUGCCUUGUGUUCAGAUGUGUAUUCUCAGUUCCUGUAUGCUGGGUUGCUAGGAGACGACGUGGAGUUGGUGCCUGGUGGACAUUACACAGAUGUCAGCUGGUCGAAUCGCCAAGAGUACGUUGAUGCCAUCAAGACUCUGAGAUUGAAGGAAUUCUCCAGCAGUGACCGAAUGAGAGCUCUUCUUGCCGGGCUGGCUUCAGUGAUUCCCGUCCAGUUGUUGUCAAUCUUCUCUCCAGAAGACAUCGAGAUCCGAAUCUGUGGGCUGCCUCAUGUGGAUCUGCAGUUUCUUAAAGCUCACACGAUGUAUCAAGUUGGACUGAUGGAGACGGAUACUCAUGUUGAAUAUUUCUGGCGAGCUCUGGAAAGUUUCACUGCUGAUGAACUGUGUCGCUUCAUUAAGUUUGCCUGCAAUCAGGAACGUAUCCCUCAGAUCUGCCCAUGCAGCAGUGGUGGGCUUGACAGUGCUCACGUGCCACCUUACCCCAUGAAGAUCGCACCGCCGGAUGGAACAGGUCCACCAGACAAUCGUUACGUGCGAGUGGAGACCUGCAUGUUCAUGAUCAAACUGCCGCAGUACUCCUCUCAAGAAAUCAUGACCCAGAGACUGCGCUAUGCCAUCCAUUGCCGAGAAGAUCCCCUCAGUGGCUGAUCCUUACAGUCAUGUUUGCUGUGCUUACAAAAGAAUAGAUCUCGUCAAAUGACGUACUAGUGAUUCCUUCCGUACCUUACAACAUUGAAUAUUCAAGGACUCGGGUCUUGUGUGGUUACUGAGAACAAAGAAGAAGAAAACCCAGUGCAAUGAUAUAUUGUCCUUUCAGCUUAAAAAGACUUAAAGUCCUGUUUCAAGUCAUUCUGGAUUCGGUUUAUUUCCAAAUAAUUGUCUGAGCUGGUUAAUAGUUUGUUUUAAAACAGAAUGUUUAUCAUCUUCUUGUUUUAAAACUCUUCUUUCUUUUUUUAAACUAUUUUGUUAAAUAUACUAACUAAAACAGAUAGGAAUAUGUUAACGUUAAAUAUGUACCCUAUACAAGCUUUUAAAAUGGGGCUGGUUAACUUACAUUUUGACAAAUCCAGGUGAAAUGGUGAAUACCCGAGACAACUGGGAUUGAAAUAGCCAUAUAGUGAUAAUCUACUGGAACUUUCACAAACAUUCUUCCAAGGAGCCUAACUGGAAAUACACUGAAAAGAAGAAAGAAAAAUGUUUUAGAUGACAGUUUGUGUUCAAGCCACACAAACUGAAAUCUUCACAAUGAGCUGCAAUCACGUUUUGCUUGCAUUUUCAUAUCUUUGUGCUAUGUCUGUGAUUUUUUUAUUGUGAUUAAUUAAAAGUGAGUAUACUCUGUUUACUUUGAUUUUGCAGUGAUUUUUAUUUAUUUUAACUUUAGUAAGAUUUAAGUUCGGUUUACAAAAUGUUUGCUAAUAAAUCAAAAUAAUAAACAAUACAAACUUGUAUUGAAUUCUUUACAACAGGCCUGAGAUUAAGGAACAAUUAUGGUAACCCCAAAAUAGGUUAGCCCAAAUCACACUUCAGGUAACCUGUUUUGUUUUAGGUUACCCGAUUACAAAAAUGAACAAUUUAUGACACAAAUUAAUGAUGUUAUAUACCAAUGUUGCAUAACAAUCAAACUGAAUCAGUUUACCAAUUAGAAAACAAAAUACUGUAAUUUCUAUUUUUAGGUAUUGGAAUAUUGGUGGGUACUGUACAGCAUUGCAUUUAUUCUGUGAUUUCCAAGACCACUCCGUAAUUUAGGCCUUACGUACGGUAUACAUAGCUUAUUCCAUUUGCAACUGAGUGGAGCAUUCUAUUAUGAUGUUGGAUAACAUUUUUUAAAUCAAUAUUUAAAAUUGUCGUUGCACUUUUAAUUAAUAUAAAUUACCCAAAAGUUAAAUACUUACCACUAAUAAAUGUCAAAAUGAAAAAUAAAAGGCGCAUUAUCCAUGUAGAUCACGUGAUUAAAACAGCGGGAAUCCUUUGAUUACAAAGUCUGCAAACUCUGUGAGUUCUGACGAUUUCUGAUUCAUAACUGAUCGGGAAAAAAGCGAAUCUCGAUGUUACCGGAAGAUCUGUUGUAAGGUGCUUUUGGAGGAAAUAAAAUACAGAAAAUUCAAUAUGUUACGUGGAUGCGAUAAAAUCAAGACUACAGUAUAUGUACUGAUCAAAAUCAUGGCGACCGGUUUUUAGGUCGUGUCCGUAUCAAGUCAGGUAACUUCCAGGCAACUUGAACGACCGUUCGCCUCUUAUUCUCAGGCCUGGUACAAACUACAUCAUCUAUUGUAGUUUCAGUAAACAAGUUUAUUUUGUUAAAGGCUGGUAUCCAAAAUAUCACAAAUGAAAGAAAAGUUAACGUUUAGCCUAACAAAACUUUGUGGGGUGGGGGUGUUUUGUUUUGUUUUUAUUUGUUUUGUUUUUUUCUAAAGCCUAGUGCAGUUCACACCAAAUUAUUAUGUGCAAAUAUAUUUAUGGAGAAUAGUUACUUUACCCCCUCCCAACUUUUUUUUUUUCUUACUUAAUCAUGAAAUUUUGUAUAUGGUACACAGAUAUUCUUUCAAUAUUCUUGUAUUGUCAUUCAUGGUACCCAUGAUGAAUUGGAAGGUGGGGGGGGGGGGG